AUGAAGCAACCAGAAACGCAGGUGGCCGACGGUGCAAGAGCCGUGCCGCGCCGGGGCCUCGUGGGGGGGCCAGACUUUGAGUUUUUCCGGCGUCGCUAUUUCACGCCGGCCGAGGUGGCCCAACACAACGCGCCGGAAGACCUGUGGGUGUCCUACCUGGGCUCCGUGUACGACCUGACGCCGUUGGCUCGCAAGUACAAGGGAGACCUGCUGCUAAAACCCAUCGUGGAAGUUGCCGGCCAGGACAUCAGCCACUGGUUCGAUCCGAAGACCAGAGACAUCCGCAAGCACGUCGAUCCGCUGACCGGUACCCUGAGAUACCGCACCCCCCGGGGCCGCUUUCUGCACGUCCCGCCUCAGCUGCCGCGUUCGGACUGGGCCAAUGAUUUCGGGAAGCCCUGGUGGCAGGGGGUGCGUUAUGAGGUGGGGCGGCUGUCUGCCAAGACUCGCAACAUCCGCAUCAUUAACACGCUCACGGCGCAGGAGCACGCGCUGGAGGUGGGGGCCCAGGAAUCAAUGUGGGAAAUCCUGCACCGCUGUCUCCCCUUUAAUGCACAUGCUGCCAGCUAUACAUGGAAAUAUGAGGGGAAGAAACUGAACAUGGAUUAUACCCUGGAAGAGAAUGGGAUCCGGGAUGAGGAUGAAGAAUUUGACUAUCUCAACAUGGACGGUACACUCUACACACCUGCAAUACUGCUCUACUUCAAUGAUGACCUCACAGAACUAUAGGGAUGGAGACGAAGGCUUGUGUGGACUCAAGAUGUAUUUUGAGUUUGGCUGUAUCUGUGCC